UCAAAUGUAGUGAAGUGGUGUUCCGUGAGUGUAAAAAUUUAUGUGUCAAAUUGUGUGAGGAAUGGAUUUCAAUAUUAUUUAAUCAAAAUAAAAUCUAAAUAUUAUAUGAAUCUUUAACUACACUAUAUAAAAUAGAUAGAGAUUAAAAAUGUACUUUGAAAGAUUUUAUUUAUUUAUACCAUUGUUAUUACUGUCAUGGACAUCAAACACCUAUCAGUUUUAUGUACCAGGAAUGGCACCCACAGAUUUCAAAAAGGGUGAUCCUAUUGAAGUAAGAGCAGUAAAAAUGACUAGUAUCCACACGCAAUUACCUUACGAGUAUUAUUCAUUACGUUUCUGUCUACCAAAAGGUGGUUCGUCUGCUAUACAUUAUAAAUCUGAGAAUCUGGGCGAAGUUUUAAGAGGUGAUCGUAUAGUAAAUACUCCAUAUGUGGUCAAAAUGGCAGAAGAGACGCCUUGUACAUUACUAUGUAAUUCUCCUGAAUAUCCCAUUUACUGGAGUACUAGAGAAUCUCAGACUGCUGUUGACAGAAUUCAACAUGAGUAUUUUGUUCACCUGUUAGUAGAUAAUUUACCAGCGGCUACACCCAUAUUCAAUCCCGAAACGAAUGAAAUUCAAUAUGAACAUGGCUAUCGUCUUGGAAAUACAGUGGGGGAUAGAAGCUUUAUUAAUAAUCAUUUAAAAUUGACAUUGUUGUACCACAAUCCUCAUCCAAAUGUGUACCGAGUAGUAGGAUUCCAUGCCACAGCUAAGUCUAUAAACAGAGACGAACUUAAAUUUGACGGCAAAACGUGUGAUUUCCCAUCAAAACCAAAACCACAAGUUGUCGAUCCUGUGGCAGGGACAAAACUUUAUUUUACUUAUGAGGUUGAAUGGAAGGAGUCUUCUGUUAGUUGGGCAUCCAGAUGGGAUACGUAUUUGGCCAUGAGCGAUGCACAAAUUCAUUGGUUUUCGAUUAUAAAUUCUAUUGUCGUCAUUUUCUUUUUAUCAGGAAUUCUUACUAUGAUCAUGGUAAGAACGUUAAGAAGAGAUAUAGCUAAAUAUAAUGCGGAUGAAAGUUACGACGAGACUAUCGAAGAAACAGGCUGGAAAUUGGUACAUGGAGAUGUUUUCAGACCACCCAGAAACUCCAGACUAUUCGCAGCAUUGAUAGGAUCUGGAAUACAGAUAUUUUUAAUGUCACUGAUAACGAUAUUCUUUGCCAUGUUGGGUAUGCUGUCCCCAGCCUCGAGAGGUGCUUUGACAACAGCCGCUAUAACUUUUUAUAUGAUUCACGGAGCUGUGGCGGGUUACUUUUCAGCUCGUUUAUACAAAACCAUGAAGGGAAGGGAAUGGAAAAAGGCGGCUUUCCUCACAGCAGCUUUGUACCCAGCUGUCGUUGGUCUCACCUGCUUCUUCCUUAACUUCUUUAUCUGGGGCAAAGCCAGUAGCGGAGCUGUACCAUUUUCUACUAUGAUAUCUUUGUUCCUUAUGUGGGUGUUCAUCUCCCUUCCGUUGGUGUAUCUUGGAUAUUACUUUGGAUACAGGAAGCAACCUUAUCAACACCCAGUGAGGACUAACCAGAUACCCAGGCAGGUGCCCGAACAACACUGGUACAUGAACCCAGUGCUUUGUACUUUGAUGGCUGGAAUUCUACCAUUUGGAGCUGUAUUUAUCGAACUGUUCUUUAUAUUUACUGCCAUAUGGGAAAAUCAGUUUUACUACCUCUUUGGAUUCUUAUUUCUGGUGUUUGUCAUAUUGGUAAUUUCUUGCUCGCAAAUUUCCAUUGUUAUGGUCUAUUUCCAGCUUUGUGAAGAGGACUAUCAUUGGUGGUGGAGAAGUUUCAUAGUGUCUGGAGGAUCUGCUUUAUACAUCUUAGGAUACUCACUCUUCUACUUCAUGACAAAACUUGAAAUUACAGAAUUUAUCCCGACAUUGCUAUAUGUGGGAUAUACAGGUUUGAUGGUAUUCACCUUUUGGUUACUCACGGGUACCAUAGGGUUUUUCGCAGCGUACGCAUUCGUCCGGAAAAUCUAUUCCGCCGUUAAGAUCGACUAAGUCAAUGGACGAACGUGAGAUGUACUUUUUUUCUUACAACGAAUGUGUUGUGUACUUUUGUGAUGGCUUUUUUUUUUGAUAGUUUAAUUUUAACUGCGCACUGUAACGUGCGAUAAGAUCACAUUUUUCAUAUUUAUUUGUUUUAGUAAAAAUGUUUAGUUCGUAGGACUUUUUUAUAAAGUCGUGCUAUGGUACAAUACCUUCUUUUAUCCUACCAAACCUUUUUAGAAUGCAGAGAAGUGUGCACUAAGGAAGUUCAUGACAAAAAUAUGUGUUUCCAGGUCGAUGAUGUAUUUCCUUUUUCGUGUUCGUCGUCCUUUGAAUUUAACUUAUCGAAUAUCGGAGAAAACAAUGUUUAAAACACUUAUUUCCGCAAUUUAUCAGUAGGGUCUCUUAAUUAAGACUCAUAUUAAAUUAUUUAAUAUUCGAUGAGCAGUGAUUUACGAAAUUCCAAAAUUAAAUGAUGCAUUUUGCAAUUCGGGGGUUAUUCGAGUAAACAUAUUUAUUUCGUAUUAAGUAAAGCAACGCAAUAUGUGUAAUGUAUAGUUGUUUUAUAAAUCAUGACCAAUUUGUAUGACAAGUAAAAAUUCUAUUAAUUUUGUUCCGAUAACACAGGCCGUCAAUUUUCAGAACCAGAAAUCGGACCUAGCGUACCCGAAGGAUUUUGGUGCGCUGAUUAUGAAUCCGAGCUCAGAAUUUGCCCAUCACCCUAGGUUCUUCAGAUAUUCUAACCUAAAAAUGCAAAAAUCGCAGUUUUUCACUAUAUUCUGGGUCAGAUUACAACAUGAAUUAAUUACGUUAAACCAUCUCAAAGUACCACUCUUACCCUUCUAAGCGCACUUCUAUUUUUUUGAAAAUCUUUUUUUUUUCCAUAGAAAUAGAAAUAUGAUAGUUUGAAGUUUAGUACUUCAGCGAUUUCGUUACAACAUGGAAAUAAUCAAAAUUUAUCCAAAAACGAGAUGUAAAGUACUUAUAUGUUUCUUGAGUCGGUGAAUUUGAAAAUACUGUCGGAUCUGCUCCAUAACCUCAAUAUUUCAAGAUUUUCUAACCUAAAAUUGCGAAAACACUUCCAAAUGAUGCAGAUACUUCUGUAUACACGCUGUUACAUUCGGAUGCUAAGGUUCAUCAUAAUGCGCUAUAACCUACAACACGUAUACCUAAAUGCGCAAUAACCAGCGAAGGCUAAACCCACACGACGGUAAACAUUAAUGUG